AUGCAGUCCGGCGAGCAGGCGCCCGAGCCCGCCGCCGUGAGGGAAGCAGUAGCACCGGCGGUGGUAGUGCCGCCAGGGCCUACUGCCCUUGUCGGCGACGAGGCAGCCGAGUUAUCAGGUGUCCCCGUGAGGGAAUCGGCGGCAGUUGAGGCGUCAAAGGUUCAGGAAGCGGAGGCCUCCCCGCUGGUGGAUGGAGGCGGCGGCGGUAAGUGCCCGAGCCCGAGCCCGGCCCCGGCGUCGCCGUCCACGGUGAAGGAGCGUCAGAUCCCCGUGGACCCGGCGUCGCUGCGCCGCCUGGGCAUGGUGGCGGACGAGGACUCGCCGCUCUCGGCGCCGUCCGUGCUCACGGAGGUGGUGGCGCGGUCGUCCCCGCUCCUGCCGCCGCUCCGCCGGCCCACGUUCGUCGGCGCCAGCCUGCCGUGCUCCGCCGCCUCCUCACCGAUGCACGGCGCCGGCGGCGCCAAGUGGGAGGAGCAGCAGCAGCCCGCUGCCGCCCACAGCCCAACCUCCGCGCUGCGCUCCCUCGCCCGGCAGCACUCCGCCGCGCUCGCCAGGCUCGUCGCCGCGCCGUCCACGCUGCCGAGGUCCGCGUCGCGCGCCGAGGGGAGGACCAUGGUGCCGCACGACGACGAGGAGCCCGGAGAGCCGGAUAAGCUGCUCGCCGCCGAGGACGGCUUCACGUGCGGCGCGCUGUGCAUGCUCAUCCCGGGCUUCUCCAGGAAGAAGCCCGCCUUCGCCGCUGGCACGGCCGUGUCGGGCAUGCAGAGGCAGCCGUCGGGCUUGCGGCCUCGCCGCAGCAGCGCGUCGCGGGUGGCGUCGCUGGAGCGGUUCGAGUGCGGGUCGUGGAGCCCCCCACCUCCUCCGCCGCCGCCGCCCGUGGCCGCGCGGCACGAGGCGGCCGACUGCCUCGCGACGGAGGUGGCCAAGACCAGCUGCGCCGCGGACGACGCGGAGGCGCCGGUCAAGAUGGCGUUCGUGUUUGACGGCGAGCCCCCCGCGGCGACGAGGGGGAUACUGAAGAACUCGGCGUCGUCGCGGCUGGACUCGGCCAGGCCCUCGACGUCGUCGCAGCGGCACGUGAGGUUCUCGACGGCGGUGGCGGCGGACGCCGCGGCGUCCGCGUCGUGCCCGACGUCGCCGUGCAUCACGCCGCGCCUGGCGAGGGCCAGGGCGGAGUUCAACGCGUUCCUGGAGGCGCAGAGCGCGUAGCUGCCAGGGCGUGGACCCGUGUGUGUUUCUCUAUGAUGAUGGGGCACUGGUAUUCUCUCAAGCGGCGACGUUGGCUGCAACCGUGCGGCCACAGGCGGCAAGCGUCUCGUCUCGGUUGAUGC